AAGAGCUGCUCGAGAUCCUGCAGCAGUUUUACGGUUUACAAAUGCUGUAAAGUUGGAUUAAAAGAAUAUACCAGCGGACUCCAUCUAUAUGAAAGCGAGAAUGGUUGGAAUAAAAACUGCAUCACUCUGGACUCUGCUGUUUAUCUGCCUGCUGGCUGCUGCUGGUCAAGUCCAGAAAACCAUCACAGCUGAGUCUGGAGACACUGUCACUCUGCCAUGUCGAGCUCCAAACAACAGACACAUCACAGUUGUAGACUGGAGGAGAUCUGACCUGACAGAUAAAUCUGUCCUUCUCUACCGGGACAAUAAAAUUGUUUCAAAUGAGCAGGAUCCAUCUUUUAAGAACCGGGUGGCUCUGCAGGAUGUGAAGGAUGGAGACGUGUCUCUGAUCCUGAAGAAUGUGACAACUCAUGAUACUGGAAUAUAUGAGUGUCGUGUUGUCCAACAGACAGAAUCACACCGCAGGAAGAGAGCUGUUGACCCCAUCAGCAGCAACUACCUGAGAGUGGUCCAGAAAACCAUCACAGCUGAGUCUGGAGACACUGUCACUCUGCCAUGUCGAGCUCCAAACAACAGACACAUCACAGUUGUAGACUGGAGGAGAUCUGGCCUGACAGAUAAAUCUGUCCUUCUCUACUGGGACAAUAAAAUUGUUUCAGAUGAGCAGGAUCCAUCUUUUAAGAACCGGGUGGCUCUGCAGGAUGUGAAGGAUGGAGACGUGUCUCUGAUCCUGAAGAAUGUGACAACUCAUGAUACUGGAAUAUAUGAGUGUCGUGUUGACCAACAGACAGAAUCACACCGCAGGAAGAGAGCUGUUGACCCCAUCAGCAGCACCUACCUGAGAGUGGUCCAGAAAACCAUCACAGCUGAGUCUGGAGACACUGUCACUCUGCCAUGUCGAGCUCCAAACAACAGACACAUCACAGUUGUAGACUGGAGGAGAUCUGGCCUGACAGAUAAAUCUGUCCUUCUCUACCGGGACAAUAAAUAUGAUCCAGAUGAGCAGGAUCCAUCUUUUAAGAACCGGGUGGCUCUGCAGGAUGUGAAGGAUGGAGACGUGUCUCUGAUUCUGAAGAAUGUGACAACUCAUGAUACUGGAAUAUAUGAGUGUCGUGUUGACCAACAGACAGAAUCACACCGCAGGAAGAGAGCUGUUGACCCCAUCAGCAGCACCUACCUGAGAGUGGGUCAGACAGGAGGACACACAGAGGAUGGAUCUGUUGGACGUAAAGUCACUCUGUCAGUUUCUGCUGUGCUUCGUCUUGCUGCUGUUGUUGGUUUACUGAGCUACAUAAAACAUAAACAACAGAAUCAGGAUCCAUACCAGCCUCCUGCUGAACAGCAGCAGCUCUGAUUUGUUUCCAAGCUAUCCACAGUAUAACUGCGAGUCUCCUGCUGCUGUUUCAAACUCUCAGUGCUCUCAUCAAAUUCAGGGAAAGAAAGAUAAUCUGAAUUUGUUAUUUUAUGUCUUCACAAACACAAUGACUUGUACCACAUUAACUGAUAUCACAUU